CCACAGAUAGGACACUGAGGAAAGUUGGGUUCCCUCUGUCUGCUAAGGCUGCUCUGCUUUCCUCUCUAUGGGUGUGACUUUCAUUCCCUCCCAGUUAUGACACAACAUUAGUUCCUUUGAAUCCGAAUAAUAAGUCCAGCAAAGUUACAAGCGCCUUGUUGCAGCACAGUGGCUGGAUUGGAGCUUCUGGUUGGAACCCCCAGAUUUCUGAGUCAGGAAAAUGACCAAACUGCUGUGGAUUGUCUCUGUUGGAUUAUGCUGCUGGAUGAGUGUUUGCCAGGCGAAGAUAGUGAUCAGCUGUCGUUUCCGGGGAGUUUUCCAUGUGGAGAAAGAAAUCAGAUACAGUCUGCUGUAUGAGGACGCCAGGAAAGCGUGUACUGAACUAGACGCCAUGAUAGCGACCAAGGAGCAGGUGGACAUAGCGCAUGGAGUUGGCCUUGAGACCUGCAGGUACGGCUGGGUGGAUAACGGCACAGUACUCAUCCCUCGUAUCACAAAGAAUCCCAAAUGUGCUGCCAAUUACGUUGGUGUCAUUGUAAUUCAUUCUAAUUUCACUACUCAAUAUGAUGUCUACUGCUACAAUGCCACAGAGACUAGCGACAAGAACUGCGAGCAGUAUGAUUACAGCAAUAAGAGUGUGCCGUCCUAUGAUCCCACUGAAGAGGAAGGAGCCUUCAAUGAUACUGAGUCCAGUGACGUGAGUGCUACUCACCCUGGCCUUGACAUAAAUACUGAAAAUCCUGAGCAAGGAAAUAAUUUGGAGGAAGGUACCACGGAGCCUAUGACAUCUACUGAACAGCCCGCUCAUUCAGGCGACCACCCGGGAGCAAGCGAAGAAGGCGACACAAAGGAUUCUUAUAUUAGUACUGACGACAGUGUUGUAUAUGUCAGCAAUACUAACCCCGACGAUCUGAUCCCAGUUCAGUCCAACGAGCCGGAAGAUGACCUUGCGGCAUCUACAGAACCGUCUGUUCUCCAGGAUUCAGCUUCCAUCUAUGACAACACACACAUACAUGGCCAUGACGAUCAGACGGAUGGUAAAAAGUUGAGAGAUGAAGAGGAAGCGGUUGCUGGACCAGCUGAUGAAUCAUCGGGCUCCAAUCAGACCAAAACAAAGAGGAAGGCGGCGAUACCAGAGUGGCUAAUUGUGUGCGUCUCGCUGGUGUGCCUGGGACUCAUCUUCUCCGUCUGCAUCGCACUCAACGCCGGUAGAAUAUGCGGCCAUAAGAAGAAACUGAUCAUAAACGGCAACAAAGGGUCCCUGGAAGAUGGCGUCGUCAUGGAGCAAAAUGGAGACACUGUGAAGUCUCAGGAGAUGGUGCAGUUGGUGUCGCAGGACCAGUCCAGCAACCAUGGAGGUGACGCCAUGUCGCAGGAGGAACACAGAAACGCAAAGGACGUGGACAUGAAAAUUGGAGUCUAGACUCGCGUUUCCUCAGACAAUGGGGGGGAGGGGUGGGUACGCUCUUGGAAAUUAAAAGGACUGGGACCGAACUAUUAUAAUGAGCCACUGACAGAAUUCUGUGUUGCUUUAUGUUGCCACUUCAAGCCACAAACGACUUGCCCCCCCCCCCCCCCCUCCCGCCCGCUGUUGGCGGGAGGGCAGGCGCUUCCCGCUCGGAUUCUGGUGAUAGGAGUAGAAGGCGGGUGGAUGUCGGAAAACCAGAGAUGUGCAAACAUCAGGCGCAAAACAUGAGAACGCGUCGCCGUGGUCCAAAGUCAGUGGCCAGAGUGGUUUAUAAGCGAUACGGGUGAUAUAAUGAUUGGAUCACAGUAAUUUUAUAGGCUCCACAGAAACAUGAACACGCUGAGACAUAUAUAGGCCCAGAGGUGCACUGUAAGGAAAGGGGGGACCCAUAUUUAUAAUAGAUAAGCUUGUACAUGCAGCAGAAUUACCCCAGGCACAGUGAAUGUAUAAAACGUAUGAGACAGGCGACUGGGGGUCCCACUUCAUCUCCCACGUUCCGGCCUCGUCCCCUGCAGCCAGCGCUGUCACCAUAGUAUAUAGGCACACAUACAUCAUAUAGAAAUACAUGUAUAAUCCAGGGGCGAAGAGAUUUCAGGGAGUCCGCAUCAAUCAGAGUCCCCUAUGUUACUGGGACAGUGAUACAACGUCUACAUAGAAAGGAACUCUAACUAUAAUUAUAUAUAUAUAUAUAUAUAUAUAUAUAUAUAUAUAUAUAUAUAUAUACAGACACACACUUUUACACUUUAUAUCCUGUACCCCGUGUAGUAAUUAUGUGGGCGUGUUAGUAGAGGAGGCCAGGCUGGGUACAGAUUGGCGCACUCGAGUCACUGACGCCAUUGCUUUCUUAUAAGUGGGGUGGUCCGGCACCUGGCAAGAGACCCCCACCUGAUUGCUACACAAGGACAGCGGGACAUAAGGAUAAAGGUUGCCCAGACGUUCCGCACCCCCACCCCCACCCUCAUUUUGAAGCUUGUUUAUUAACAUGAUGUAAAUAGAACAAAUGACAUAUUAUAUUUAACUUACCUGGCAACAUUAGAUGUAUUUCCUGGGACAUUUUGCUGCACAGCCUGUGUAUCUAUCUAAGCACAUCACACUGUCUCCAUGCACAUUGGAGAACUACAACUCCCAUCAAGCCCUGCUUACUGAAUCUUAUUCCGAUGUAUAUUUCUCUAUAGUCUCAGCUUAUAAAACCCACAGAAUGAGAAUCGAUGGUAAGAAUUAUACAGUAUCAAACCGAUAGGAAAAAGAAGCAAAGUUGCACUGAAAAAUAGGGACAUACCUUUAAUACCUGGGACCAUCCUUGGAAAUAGGGACUGUGGGCAGCUGUGCUUUUAUAAGACGAGUUGCAGCGUAUUUAUUUUAUUUGCAGACGACGCAUUGUACCGCUGGCAAAGUAUUACAGAGAAACCAAACUGGCAACUUCCUCCGGUUUGCACAGCUCUGCAGGGGAGGGAAAACGAGGGGUUAAUGUUUGGGUGAGACCCUUUCACUGCUGAUUAUCUGUCCUAUCACUGGGUAGCGCAGUUCCUGCAAUUUCAGGUGACGGCAUUGAGAAUACGUGACACGUCACUGAGGUGACAAUAUAAUGCCGCAUCUCCGUGCUGCUGGCGCCUCUGCCGAGUGUCUGAGAAGCGGAGGUAGAUUACUAAAAAACAUAACAAUUUGCGGAAUUGCCUUAGAGUCGCUCGCUCAGAUGUAACGCUUAGGGACGAUAGACGUGGAAAGCACUAGAUAAAUGAUUCAAAGCCUAGGAAUAUUUUAUUGGAUGAACAUUUGAUGCCGUUGUGUAAACAAGCGAAUGUAAACUUAACCUGUUUGCUCCAAAAUGGAACCUACAAUCAGGUUUAAAGGUUCUGCUGGCAACUGAUGGGUUAAACAGUGAAGCUAGAUGCCUGGCAGAUAUGUGUUUUGUACAUAUAGUUCACCUGCGUACUGUAUAUAAAAGCUUUGAAACUGUC